ACGCACCUCUUCUUCUCACACCCUCUCUCUGCAUUUUGCAGGGCAAAGAUUUAAGAUUUUUGUCUGGUCUGCUUUUCUGCGGUCCCCUCCCCAUUAGAGAGCCCCACUCCACCGUUUUGUACAAGUACUAAAAGCCAACUACCCGCCGAAAUUGCUUUUUUGCUUUCUCUUUUUUGGAUUCUUUGUGCACUGUCUUCCUUCCAACUCCCCACUGCCCAUAUCUACCGCUGCAGAAGGAGACCCCACCCCGGUCCCUUUUUGCUCCGUUGGGUUCUCAAGGAAGAAGACAAUGAGGGCUAGGGUUCCCUUUCUGCGCGCCUGCUAUUAUUCCAGCUCAAUGUAAGGAGGGUCAUAGAGUAAAUUCUGAGUUUUGGAUCUUAAGGAUUCUCAUGAAGAAUAUGCCGGCAAUGUCUUCUGGGAGUUUAAACACCGAACUGUCGAAGAAGACCUCCUUUCUAGGUUUAAAGCUAUGGGUAGUGAUCGGCAUCUGUGUUGGUGUGUUUAUUACUGGAAUUCUAUGUCUUUUGUCAGUGUGUGUCACAUUUCGCAGAAAAUCUAAACGAACAUUGGGCAAGGACCCUUGUUGUCAAAUACCUGAUAUUUCAAAGGAUAUCACAGUUUACAGGAUUGAUGCUCCAAGUUUUCAUGAUCAUCCCGAGAAUUUAUCUCUUUGUAAUAUUUAUGAUAAAUCAAGUGAGAGGCUUUCAGAGAAAAUGAGUGUUCAUUUAGGAAGGAGCAAGUCGAGUGAUGCUGACAACAUCAGUCAAUGCAGUUCAAGUUACCGUCUUGAGAGAGGUGGUAGUUCACAGUCCGGGGAGGAAGGUAGUUCUGGAACAUUUCGUAAAAAGUCUUCAUAUCUUCCAAUGCCAUCACCUCUGAUUGGCUUGCCUGAGUUCUCACACCUUGGGUGGGGCCACUGGUUCAUGCUUCGAGAUCUUGAGCAUGCAACAAAUCAUUUCUCAGCAGAUAAUGUGAUUGGCGAAGGCGGCUAUGGUGUCGUUUAUAGGGGUCAGUUGAUCAAUGGGUCAGAGGUAGCAGUAAAGAAACUUCUCAAUAAUCUUGGUCAGGCAGAGAAAGAAUUCAGGGUUGAAGUGGAAGCUAUAGGCCAUGUUCGACACAAGAACCUCGUGCGACUUCUUGGUUAUUGCAUUGAAGGUGUCCACAGGAUGUUGGUGUAUGAAUAUGUUAAUAAUGGAAACUUGGAGCAGUGGCUUCAUGGAGGGAUGAAACAACACGGUACACUUACGUGGGAGGGCCGUAUGAAGGUUCUUCUAGGCACUGCAAAGGCGCUUGCAUAUCUUCAUGAAGCUAUAGAACCAAAAGUUGUUCACAGGGACAUAAAAUCCAGUAAUAUCUUAAUUGAUGACGAUUUCAAUGCCAAGGUUUCUGACUUUGGCCUAGCAAAGCUUUUGGAUUCGGGAGAGAGUCACAUUACAACGAGAGUAAUGGGCACAUUUGGUUAUGUUGCUCCAGAAUAUGCAAAUUCUGGGCUGCUGAAUGAAAAGAGUGAUAUUUAUAGUUUUGGUGUCUUACUGCUAGAAGCAGUGACCGGAAGGGACCCAGUAGAUUAUGGUCGUCCUGCUAAUGAGGUGAAUCUUGUUGAAUGGCUAAAAAUGAUGGUUGGUAGUCGAAGGGCCGAAGAAGUUGCAGAUCCUAACCUUGAAGCUAAGCCCGGUGCUCGUUCUUUGAAACGAGCAUUGCUAGUGGCACUUCGAUGUGUCGACCCUGACUCAGAAAAACGGCCUAAAAUGAGUCAAGUUGUUCAAAUGAUGGAAGUGGAUGAGUUUCCUUACCGUGAGGACCGCAGGAACAAAACUCGAACAUCUAGCCUGGAGAUUGAAUCCACAAAAGACGGUGGCAGCUCCCGGUCAGUUGACAUAGAAACUGGGGCAGGGAAAUCAGAUACAUCUGCGACAAUUCCGGAAUAAGAGAAAUGCGGUUUGGUUACCGUUUGACUGAUCAUAAGAUUCAUAAUUUUUAUAUUUGUUCCCGGGGAGAUAAUGGCAUCUCAGAGAAGCCCUGUUCGUGACGAUUCAGUGAUUUGCUAAGCUGCUACAGGUUGUGGAGGCAAUUUUGAAUGCAGAGCAGGGUGAGCAAAAAGAGUGGUUCAAGUUUACACAUGUUUUCAGGGUUGCCCUUUAUAUGAUUUUGAUGAAAUCACUGGUUUCUUUAUUUGUCUGUUAGAUUUUGGGUGGUAUAACAACAUUUCCCUGUUAUUAAGAUUAGUUUUAUUUGAGGGUGUUUGGGAGUGAUUAACUUAUGGAUAAAGUGAUUUCCACAAAAGCUGAAAGCAGAAGCACCUCCUACCUGCUUCUCCGAAACGGUGUUCUAUGUACAAAAUAAUGGUGGUGAAAAGCAGAAGCUGACAUGCCAAACAGAGUAAAAUUACUUCUACUCAAAGCAGAAGCUAAAUGAUUAAAAGCAACACACUGCCAAACAGCCUCUUUGGAAUCUCCCUGAAAACAGCAGUAGAUCCAGGCACUAAUUAGGUUGUUUUGUUUUUCUUUUUAAUACCACAUGAGUUGCAAACACUGUAGUUGUCUGUAAACCAUGUGCUGACAUAAACACUUUAGUAAAGCCUAUAAACCAUG